CUCUCUCUCUCAAUCCUCAAGAUUAAACGCAUUUAAUUAUUCCAUCGCCUCGCGUGCUAACCCGGAUUAAAUUCCCCACCUGCUCUGCUCUCGACACUUUGCGAAGGUGCUGACUGCACAAGCAGAACCGUUCUCGCUCCUAAAAUCUCAAAGAAAUGGAGGUGGAGGCGGCGCCGCCUCCGCUGGGGUUGGAUUCUACGGAUCCUCCAAGGUUUCAGUCGGACAAACUGGAAUCUCCGUCGCCGCCGGUGGAGGGAAGCGCCGGCGGGAGCGGCGAGGAUGGCGCCGCGACGAAGCUGCAGAAGGCUUACCGUGGCUACCGGACACGCCGGAAGCUCGCCGACUCCGCCGUCGUCGUCGAGGAGCUCUGGUGGCAGGCGCUGGACUUCGCGCGCCUCAGCCACAGCACCGUCUCCUUCUUCGACGAACCCAAGCCGGAGACAGCCGCCUCGCGCUGGAACCGGGUCAGCCUCAAUGCAUCCAAGGUGGGUCAGGGUUUAUCCAGAGACGGCAAGGCUCUCAAGCUGGCUUUCCAGCACUGGAUCGAGGCUAUCGACCCGCGGCAUAGAUAUGGGCACAACCUGCACUUCUACUACGAUGUCUGGUGUCAAAGCCAAGCCGGCCAGCCCUUCUUCUACUGGCUUGAUGUUGGAGAAGGAAAGGAGCUAGACCUUCCAGAGUGUCCAAGAGCAAAGCUGAGGAAGCAAUGCAUUAAGUAUCUUGGUCCGCAAGAGCGUGAGAACUAUGAAUACAUCAUUAAUGAGGGAAAGAUUAUACACAAACAGUCUGGAGAACCACUUGAUACAAGCCAAGGUCCUAAAGGGACUAAAUGGAUUUUUGUUAUGAGCACAGCAAAAAGACUGUAUGCUGGGAAGAAAGAGAGAGGUGUAUUCCAGCAUUCCAGCUUUUUAGCAGGAGGCACUACUAUAGCUGCUGGAAGAUUUACAGCGGAAAAUGGAAUUAUCAAGUCCAUCUGGGCCUAUAGUGGUCACUACAAACCAAGCGCAGAGAACCUAAGCAAUUUCAUGAACUUCCUUGAAGAGAAUGGAGUUGAUCUCAAAGAAGUUGAGGUGCGUUCAUCCACCAAAGAAGACUACAAUGAAGAUCCGGUGCCUGAUGGUUCACAGAACCUUACUGCUGAAUUCAUGGGUUCAGUUCCUCCAGAAGUGAUUUCCUCUCCAAACAUAACAGAAGGCGAUGAAGGCGAGAACGCUCCUGCAGAACAAGCCAAACCAACCUACGAAAGAACCUUGUCAGGUGGCCUUCAAAGUCCCAGAGCCACUGGCAUCCUGCAGAAGGCGAUUCUUGAGAGGAUGAAGUCCAAGGGUGAGUCCAAGUCCUAUCAGCUUGGCCACAGGCUGUCCCUGAAAUGGAGCACUGGGGCUGGUCCAAGAAUUGGAUGUGUCAAGGACUACCCAAUGGAGCUCAGAAUGCAGGCUCUGGAAAUGGUGGACUUGUCACCAAGGGCAUCAACACCAUCGGCUUCAAGGAGGCUACCUUCGUGCUUGUCCCCGACAAAAGCAACCUCACCAACAUCGCCGCUCGCUACGAUGCAGGCCUCCCUGCCUCAGCUAAGUUAGAAAGUUAGAGGAGCUUAUGUCAAGCAACUACCAUGAAGCCAUGUGGUUAAGCUGUCUCUUUACUGUAAUUCUGCCUUGUCAAUUUUUCUACACUGCAAAGCUCAUAUCCUUGGUUUGCUCGUGCUGCGAUUCACCUGUUCUGUGGUUACAGUCAGAUGUACUGCACUGCAAAGUUUUCAAGUGUGCCUAGUUGUGGACUGUAACUAUUGCAGAAAUAGGUUCUGUGCAGAAUCUCUUAUAUAGUAUAUCACAGCCCGGACAGCUUGAAGCAGAUAUGACAGUAUUUAUGUAAUCUAUGAAUGGGCACAUCAUAAAGGCUAGCCCUACGUUAUUCCUCA